AUGGCUGCUCUUCCCCUCUCGCUGCCGUCUCGCCCUGGCCGACAAGGCGGAUCAACCUUCAAUCUCCCGUCCGACUCUUCAGACACCGAGGACGAUGCUCCCCUGCCAUUCCCCGAAGCCCUCCCGCGGUCCGACUUCCUCGCACCCGACUUUGAGCCCGCCGAAUAUCUAUCAGCCCUCCCCCAUCGUCACCAGACACUAGAGGAUCUGCGGUCCGACCUGCGCGAGCGAACGGCGACCAUCAGCAACGAGCUUCUGGAGCUCGUCAACUCGAACUAUACAGCCUUCUUGUCAUUGGGGUCCGAACUGCGAGGGGGUGACGAAAAGGUGGAGGAUGUCAAGGUCUCUCUUCUUGGGUUUCGCAGAGCCGUGGAAGAAGUAAAGGAAAAGGUCUCCGAACGCAGAAGAGACGCAGAAUCGCUUACGAAUGAGCUGCGAGACGUGCGUUCAGAGAUUGAGCAGGGAAGGACAAUGCUCGAGCUUUCGGAACGGCUAUCUACUCUAGAGGAGACCCUGGCGUUGGACAGCCUACCAAAGAAGGAAGCUGCAGAGUGGGAGGACGACAGCGACGACGAUGAAGAGCUAGAAGCGGAGGCUGUAGAAGGCUUGAUAGGAAGCCCUCCCUCCAAAUUGCUGGCUUCGGCUCGCGAGUGUAGUCAACUUGGGGCACUAAUCAGCAAGCUGGACGAAACCCACGCAUUCGUUGCCAAGCUGAGGGCGCGACUGACCAAAUGCCGGAACACGCUUUUACUAGACUUGAGCAACGCCUUGAAAGAAGCGCGUGCUGCGGGAAUGGCUGGCCAGAGCCGAGUUCUGGGCUAUCUUGGCGUCUACCGAGUUCUCGAUGCACAGAGCGAUGCUGUCAAGGCUCUUCGAGGCAGGUGA